GCGGAGCUGGGGUGAGGGUCCAAGGGUUCCAGGACUUGGCCGGCGUGAUCUCAGCUCUGCAGACCCUGCGGUGCUGGGAGCCACCAUGGAGAGUAGGUGCUACGGCUGCGCUGUCAAGUUCACCCUCUUCAAGAAGGAGGCGAGUCUUCCCUCCCCGAGGGCUGCAGGGCCAGGGAGGAGAGAAGGGAAAAGCGCGGGACUUAACGUCCAAAGACUUGGUGUUACGGCUCCUUUCCAGUUAUGUGGUUUUGAUGAAGUCACUGAUCCUCAGUUUCCAUUUCUGUAAAAUGGGGCUAACAUUCCCUCGCUUUCAGGGUUUAUGUGAGGGUCCACUGAAGUGCUUUAGGUGAGAGUUCCCUAUAAACUGUAAAGCGCGCUGCCGUCAUUUUUGCAAAGCUACUCUGUUCUGUCGGCCCAGUGUAGCAUCUGGCGGUUUUCUUCUCUCCACCCUGCUCCUCCGAAGCGCGGUGUCCAUCACACCAAGCCCGUUACUCCCUCUGCUCUGAUACCUUCCCCAUCCCGCAGCCUGCCCUUCUCCAGGUCGCUGGAGUUAGAUUACCACACUUCCUCCGGCCUCUGGGGCACCAUGGUGAAGGCUGGCUGUCCUGUCCCUAUCACAGACCUGCCAGAUUCCUCUGGUAAACUGCAGGCUCCCUCUGCCUCAGUUGUGGCCAGGGAUUCUGACCAGGAGAUGAUGGGAACUAGAUGGAGUAAAUUAGUGUCGCGUAGGAAGGCAGGACCGUGCAGCGUUUACCAACCUGGAUUUUGGAGUCAGGGUUCAACUCUGAGCUCUGCUGUCUUAUUGAGGCGGUGACCUUGGUUUGGAUAAGUUAUGUAACCUCUCUGGCCCUCUCGAAAUAAGGAUAAUCACGGUUGGCAUCAAGAUUAAGUAAAAUAAUGUGUGUAAAUUGUGAGGAAUAAAUCACAUGAUAAAUGUUAAGUACUGGGUUUAGUGCCUGGCACAUAGUAAGUGCUUAAUAAAUGGAGGCUAUUGUUAGCCCAUCCUGAGCCAAGCCUCCCUCCAUCUCUGCAAGAGCAGAGGAGGCAUCGGCUCUGCCCUGUCUCUCUGAUUCUCCUUUGUGGAAGAGUCAGUGGCCUAAAAUACUGGGCUUUAUUUAUCUGUCUUCUACAUCCCUGGGUCAGGGAAUUGAAGACAGGGUAGAAAGCAUGGGAAUUUUGUAUAAACCUUCAUUUGGCUUGAAUAAGGUACUGGAAACCAAGGAAUUGCUUUACUCUCCACCCCUAGGCCUUAGGGGCCCCACUCCUCUUCUUCCUCCCAGCAGCUGGUCAUAACUUCAGUGACUUCUCUCUGUGUGUGCUUGGAGAGUCCCUGGGAGCAGCCUGCAGGGGCGGGUGAGAGGGGGAUCUCCCGCUUCAUGUUUCUUGUAGUACGGCUGUAAGAAUUGUGGCAGGGCCUUCUGUUCCGGCUGCCUAAGCUUCAGUGCAGCAGUGCCUCGGACUGGGAACACCCAACAGAAAGUCUGCAAGCAAUGCCAUGAGGUCCUGACCAGAGGGUCUUCUGCCAAUGCCUCCAAGUGGUCACCACCUCAGAACUAUAAGAAAGCCUCUAUCUCAUAUCCUGCCAGGCGUGUGGCAGCCUUGGAAGCCAAGCAGAAGCCCAGCACUUCCCAGAGCCAGGGACUGACCCGACAAGACCAGAUGAUUGCUGAGCGCCUAGCACGACUCCGCCAGGAGAACAAGCCCAAGUUAGUCCCCUCACAGGCAGAGAUAGAGGCACGGCUGGCUGCGCUAAAGGAUGAACGUCAGGGUUCCAUCCCUUCCACCCAGGAAAUGGAGGAACGACUUGCAGCAUUGCAGGGCAGAGUUCUACCUUCUCAAACCCCCCAGCCGGCACAUCACACACCAGACACCAGGACCCAAGCCCAGCAGACACAGGAUCUGCUAACACAGCUGGCAUCUGAGGUGGCUAUCGAUGAAAGCUGGAAAAGAGGAGGCCCAGCUGCCUCUCUCCAGAAUGACCUCAACCAGGGUGGCCCAGGGAGCGCUAAUUCCAAGAGGCAGGCCAGCUGGUCCUUGGAGGAGGAGAAGAGCAGACUGCUGGCUGAGGCAGCACUUGAGUUGCGGGAGGAGAACACGAGGCAGGAACGGAUUCUGGCCCUGGUCAAGCGACUAGCCGUGCUGCGGGGACAGGACCCCGAGAGAGUGACCCUCCAGGACUAUCGCCUCCCAGACAGUGAUGACGACGAGGAUGAGGAGACAGCCAUCCAGAGAGUCCUGCAGCAGCUCACUGAAGAAGCUGCCCUGGAUGAGGCAAGUGGCUUUAACAUCCCUGCGGAGCAGGCUUCUCGACCUCGGACCCAACCCUGCAGGGCAGAGCCUGAGGCCCAGGAUGCGGACCCCAGACCUGAGGCUGAGGAAGAGGAGCUCCCUUGGUGCUGCAUCUGCAAUGAGGAUGCCACCCUACGCUGCGCUGGCUGCGAUGGAGACCUCUUCUGUGCCCGCUGCUUCCGAGAGGGCCAUGAUGCCUUUGAGCUUAAAGAGCACCAGACAUCUGCCUACUCUCCUCAGCGUGCAGGCCGAGAGCACUGAAGAUACUCUGGUCCUCCUGGAAGGGCAGUCCCACAGGUAGCGGCACCCAUUUCUGGGCCCAGCCACAGGACGUCUGAUGGGAGAGCUUGUCUGGCUCUACUGAUGAUGGAUAGGCCCCUUCCUGAGCCUUGGUGUCCCUGGAAUGAGGAAAGAUUCUCCAUUCGAGAGAAUGACUGGGAGGGAAGAAGUCGGGGCCCUCCUAUUAGAAGCCCAGACUGGAAGUGAGAGGCAUGAUGGGGAGAGACCAGACUGAAUCUACGGGUGAGCCCUGUAACCUGGCUGUAGGGCACAGGGCCCUCCCCUGGCACUUAGUGGAUCUAAUAAAGUAUGUUGAUUCAUUGGG